UGUUUCUGCAUGUGCACGCGCGUCGCUCAGCUGACAGACACGGCAAGGUUGCAGCAGCAGUGGGCCGAGAGGACAGACUGUCCCAGGCUAUCAUGGAUGACAGCUCCUCACUGGGCAGAGUGAGCGACUCCACUGAAUCUGUGUCAACCAUUACCAGUGAGGAGUUUGUGCUGGUGCAGCCAACCGCUGAGGGCUCCCCCUCCAGCUCUGAGGGGAAGCCCCGACUAAAGAUGUCAUGGAAUGGAAGUGAGCAGUUGGAGCGGGCGAUGGAGGAGGUGCUGGAUGAUGUGGGUGAUGGACCAGGAGUUGCAGAAGAUGGAGGAGGUCCAAAGACUCCAGUAGCCCUCAACUCUCAGAUCAGACCACCAAGCCUGGCUCUGGACACAGCUCCUCAUGAAGCCUCAGUGGGAGUUUUGGGGAGUAUUGCAGUGCAAGAGGAAGACAGCGUACAGUUCAGCAAACUCUCCUAUCUGGGCUGCACCUGGGUGAAGGCCCCUCGUAAUGAAACGGAGGCCCAGAAGGCCAUGGCCACCUUGCAGGCAGAAAGUGCCAUCCCCAUCCCUGUCACCCUACAUGUGCCCAUUGGUCCAGAUGGUUGCGUCCGGAUUGUCGACCAGGCCACUGGAACAGAGAUUGCUUCCUUUCCUAUAUACAAGGUGUUGUUCUGUGUUCGGGGACAAGAGGGCACUGUCGAGAGCGACUGCUUUUCCUUCACUGAGAGCUACCGCAGCUCUGAGGACUUUCAAAUCCACGUGUUUUCCUGCCAGAUCAAAGAGGCUGUUAGUCGUAUUCUCUAUAGCUUCUCAACAGCCUUCAAGCGUUCGUCAAAAGCUGCCACAGACAUGAAAGACUCAACACUGCCUCUUUCCCCCGAUAGCGAUAUCUUCACCUUCACAGUUUCUCUUGAAGUGAAAGAAGAGGAUGGAAAAGGAAACUUCAGCCCAGUCCCUAAAGACAGAGAUAAGUAUUACUUCAAGUUGCGGCAGGGUUUGCAGAAGAAAUUGGUGGUCACCGUUCAGCAGAUGACCAAUAAUGAGCUGAUAAUUGAGAGGUCCUUCGGGAUGUUACUCAGUCCUGGUCAGAACGUUCGCAACAGCGAUAUGCACCUUCUCGACAUGGAGUCUAUGGGGAAAAGUGCUGAUGGGAAGUCAUAUGCGAUCACUGGCAUCUGGAACCCAAACGUUCUGGAUUUCCCGCCACUCAACGAAGACACACCAAAAGACAAGCAUGUGUACAUGACUGUAGCUGUGGACCUGGUGGUGACUGAGGUCUUGGAGCCUGUGCGGUUCCUCAUGGAGGCGCUAGUGAGGGUCUACCCAGCUAAUGAGAGGUUCUGGUAUUUUAGCAGGAAGGCCUUUUCUGAGACCUUUUACCUCAAGCUCAAACCGGGCACAAGGAAGGGCAGCCAAGGAGAUGCCAUGUAUGAAGUGGUGAGCCUGCAGAAGCACACAGAGUGUGCAGCUGGAACACGUGGCCGCCUGCAGUCUCCCACUGAGGAAGAGGAGCCAGAGGAAGAUAGUGACAGUGAAAUCUCUAGUGGGACUGGAGACGUGUCGAAGGACUGUCCCGAGAAGAUUCUGGAAUCCUGGGGAGGAAUCCUCAACAGAUGGCACGCAAACCUGUCGGCGCGGCCCAAGGGCCUGGCUGCUCUGGUAAAGCCUGGGAUCCCAGAGGCCUUACGAGCUGAAGUUUGGCAGCUCCUGUCUGGCUGCCCAAAUGAUCAGGCUCUGCUUGAUCACUACCGCAUUCUCAUCACUAAGGACUCCGCCCAGGAAGCGGUCAUUACCCGAGACAUCCAUCGCACCUUCCCGGCUCACGACUACUUCAAAGACUCCGGUGGUGAUGGCCAAGACUCUCUCUACAAGAUAUGCAAGGCCUACUCUGUCUAUGAUGAGAAGAUCGGCUAUUGUCAAGGCCAAUCGUUUUUGGCGGCUGUAUUACUGUUACAUAUGCCCGAGGAGCAAGCCUUCUGUGUGCUAGUGAAGAUCAUGUACAACUAUGGUCUUCGAGAGCUCUACAGAAAUAACUUUGAAGAUCUUCACUGCAAGUUCUACCAGCUAGAGCGCCUGCUCCAGGAGCAGUUGCCGGACCUGUGGUCUCACUUCCAGGAUCUGAACCUGGAGGCCCAUAUGUACGCAUCCCAGUGGUUUUUAACACUUUUUACAGCCAAGUUCCCUCUCUGCAUGGUCUUCCAUAUCACCGACCUGCUCCUGUAUGAGGGGUUGAACAUCAUCUUCAAUGUGGCUCUGGCUCUACUUAAGACAUCCAAGGAAGACCUGCUUCAGGCCGACUUUGAGGGUGCCCUGAAGUUUUUCCGUGUCCAGCUCCCAAAACGUUACAGGGCAGCAGAGAAUGCCCGGCGCCUUAUGGAGCAGGCUUGCAAUAUCAAGGUGCCAACAAAGAAGCUCAAGAAGUUUGAGAAGGAGUAUCAGUCUCUGAGAGAGAGCCAGUUACAACAGGAAGACCCCAUAGACCGAUAUCAGAGAGAAAACCGCCGUUUGCAGGAGGCCAGUAUGCGUCUGGAGCAGGAGAAUGAUCAUCUUGCGCAUGAACUGGUAACCAGCAAAAUAGCACUAAGGAAUGACCUGGACCAGGCGGAGGACAAAGCAGACGUUUUGAACAAAGAAUUGCUCAACACCAAACAGCGUCUAGUAGUGACAGAGGAGGAGAAGAGAAGACAAGAGGAGGAGACGGCCCAGUUAAAGGAAGUAUUCAGAAGAGAGUUGGAGAAAGCUGAGAUAGAGAUAAAGAAGACCACAGCCAUCAUAGCUGAAUAUAAACAGAUAUGUUCGCAGUUAAGUACCAGGCUGGAAGAGCAGCAGGCAUCUACAAAAGAGGAACUGGAUAUAGUCAAGGCUAAAGUGAUGGCGUGUGAGCGCUGUAGGGAAGUGUUCAGCAAAGAUGGACCCUUGCAGAUGCCAGCGGUGACUCAAGACAACCGGGACUCUGACCAGGAUGAGGAAAAGGACUCGUUCAAGGCCCAGCUCAGAGAGCUUGAACUGGAGCUGGCCCAAACCAAACUACAGCUGGUGGAGGCCAAGUGCAAAAUCCAGGAAUUGGAGCAUCAGAAAGGAGUUUUGAUGACUGAGGUCCAAGCUGCCAAAAACUCCUGGUUUAGUAAAACACUGGGCUCCCUCAAGAAUUCAGCCGGUAACCAGUCACCCACCUCACCCAAAGAGGGCCAGUUGGACUCGCCAAGGACUUAACCAAUGAAGUAGCCGGGCUCAGACUAUCCGCUUGGCCUAUUUGAGAAGAAAACAACCUCUAAUAAACACUACUAGCAACACAACUCUGCAAUGCAGUAUUCCGUCAUUAUAUCCAGUAACUUGUGCAUGAAUCGGUGAGCAACAUGAACAAACCGCUCCAUCCAGACUGUAAGACCUUUAGUUAGACACAAUUAAGCUUGCUUCCUUAACUAGGUGCAGAGGCUUAGAAGUUAUUUUAAUGGUUCUUAUUAUUACUGCUCAUUUGGAUGCUGGAUCUUCAUCACCAUCAUUGAUUGCGUCUGUAACUGAGUGGCUGUGGACCUAGUGCAUAAAGACAGUACUAGAGUUAUAAUUAAAGAUAGUAAACAACAAAGUUUGUUCUAGCACCCAAAUACAUAAGAAAUGGCCUUUAGACCAGAAGUUUAAGGAGAAAAGGCUUUGUUUUGUUGUCUUUGGUUGUUUUCUCAUGGGAUACUGCAUUUUUCUCCCAAGUAAAUAUAAAUUGCUAAACUUUAUUGCCAUUUUUCUAUCUAGAAAUAAUAAAUGUAAUUGUUGUCAUAUAAGUGUGUAUAAUUAAAUGUUGAUUUUUAUUUUAAUCUUGUACAGUUCUGAAAGAGAAGUGCACUAUUAUUUUGUAAAAUGUUUGAAUAUGAAUGUUAUCUUUAUAUGUGUCAGAUACUUAAAAGCACAGAAUCAAUAAUUGACCAUGUAUCCGUCCUUUCUCACUUUCCUGUUGCCAUGGGCUGUUUUAUGAAUCAGCCUGGCCGUGCAACUCACAGUAAGCAGGGUUAGUAGGGAUUUUCCUUGAGAUUGCUUGACAUUGCAGUGGCCACACAGACGUGACCUGCCAAGUUCUUAUUUUAUUAACCUACAGUUAAUAGGUACAGUUGAAGUCAGAAGUUUACAUGCACCUUAGCCAAAUACAUUUAAACUCAGAAAAAUAAGUUUAUGAUUAGAAAACAUUUCCUGUCUUAGCUCAGUUAGGAUCACUUCUUUAUUUUAAGAAUGUGAAAUGUCAGUAUAAUAGUAGAGUUAUUUUAUUUCAGCUUUUAUUUCUUUCAUCACAUUCCCAGUGGGUCAGAAGUUUACUUACACUUUGUCAGUAUUUGGUAGCAUUCCCUUUAAAUUGUUUAAAGUGGGUCAAAUAUUUUGGGUAGCCUUCCACAAGCUUCUCACAAUAAGUUGCUGGCCCAUUCCUCCAGGCAGAACUGGUGUAACUGAGUCAGGUUUGUAGGCCUCUUUGCUCACACACGCUUUUUCAGUUCUGCCCACUAAUUUUCUAUUGGAUUGAGGUUAGGGCUUUGUGAUGGCCUCUCCAAUACCUUGACUUCUUCCUUAAGCCAUUUUGCCACAACUUUGGAGGUAUGCUCGGGGUCUUUGUCCAUUUGUAAGACCCAUUUGUGACGACCUUUAACUUUAUGGCAGAUGUCUUGAGAUGUUGCUUCAAUAAAUCCACAUAAUUUUCCUUCCUCAUGAUGAUAUCUAUUUUAUGAAGUCCCUCCUGCAGCAAAGCACCCCCACAACAUUGACCCACUGGAAUUGCGAUACAAACCGAUUGUUUCACUUUUAACUGACUAAGCAAUUUUUGGAAAAAUUACUUAUCAUGAACAAAGUUGCCAAAACUAUAGUUCGCUAAUAUUAAACCUAAGUGUAUGUAAACUUCUGACUUCAACUGUAAAUAGGCCUAUAGGCUGCUUAAUGACAGAUGCCAUGCAGAAAUCGCAAACAUAUCAAGACUUAAAAAGAUAGUUCACCCAAAAAUGAGAAGUCACAGUGACUUCAAAGCCAUAUUCUGUCAAAAUGUAGGACAAUUUCAUUUCUUAUGAUAUUUGUCAAAAUGUCCAUAUUAAUAUGUCUCACUGGUCGUCUUAUAAAGUGUUGUAUAUUUCACUAACGUAGUGUAAUUUCAAAUCUGCAUGGCACUUAUGCACUAACAAGUCAUCCAUAUUGUUAAGAAGCUUUAUUUACACUAUAUUUGUCUCCUAUUUUGUCAUUUUUGAGACUGAUUUAAAGAUGCCAAACUAAUUAUAAAAAUUAAGAUAAUGUCAGUUUAAUAUUAUCUAAUAAUAUCAAGUGCUGUUCUGUAGUUUAUACAGACUGCUACAGGUGUUCAUAUAAUGAAGUAUAUGGGGCAGAAAACAUUCCUUCUGUGUCCUGGACAUUUACAAGUGAGAGUUAGGUUUAUUGUCUUCAUCAGUUUCACUGUUUCCGCCUGCUGAUGUUGUCUGUAUAUAGUAACUAUCUGACAGUGAAUCUCUGAUACUUGGUCCUUAACAUGUUUGACUACAAGUCUGCUUUUUUUGUUUCACACCUUUUGUUAUUCAAUAAACAGUAACUGUA